UGCUCUUGAACUUGCUCGAGAGAGAGAGAGACGACUCCACUUCUCAUAUCUCGGCGAUUCUCGUGGAUAAAUCUCGAUUAAUGUUGCUGCGGGAUUCAAUUUGCGACGAAAAUAUUAUUAUACGUGCACUGGUCGGGCAUUAGUAUUUGCCCGUGUAUAGUGACGCAUUUGUUUUGACCGGCCAGCAAGGAACACAAUGCGUUACAUGCCUCGAACCGUUCGACAGCAGUGACAUUUCGUCUUUGGUCGUAAAUACACUUCGUACGUGUUGUUUUUUUUUGUACAUAUACUCUUUCGAAAGCUAAACAUUUGGCGCAAUCCUCGACGAGUGCAAGUUUUUUAUGUUAUUAUUUCGACGGAGGAUCUUUUGUGUCGAGAAGUUGGAGUGAAAGUUUCAAUUAUCGAAUAAUUAUCAAGAUGAGUGAGAAAUUGUCGAUCGAUAGAGCACUGGCACAUGGUUGCGUGCUCGUGACAGGUGCAACUGGUUUCGUGGGUGGUUGUGUGCUCGAGCGGCUCUGCCGUCUUCAGCCUGGACCGCGAAAAAUUUACGUUCUCGUGCGCAAAAAGCCAAAGGAGACGGCCGCGAAAAGAGUAAAAAAGAUACUGAAAUCGGCGCUGUUCAGCAAGGUACCGCGUGGCAAACUGGACCGAAUAGUGCCGCUGGAGGGCGACGUGGCGAGCCUGAACUCGAAUCUGGGCCUCAAGCCCGAGGACGCGGACCGACUGGUGGCCGAGUGCACCCACGUGAUUCACGUGGCGGCCUUCAUCUCGUUCGCGGCGGCCCUCGACCACGCCGUCCGCUCGAAUCUGUACGGCAGCCGGGCCGUGCUCGAGCUCGCGCGCACGAUGCCGAAGCUACGCGCCAUGGUGCAUGUGUCCACGGCCUACGUAAACGUGCUCCUGGGCACGGAGAACACCACCUUCGAGGAGAAGAUCUACCCGCUGGACAACGUGGAUCCCGUCGAAGUUUUACAAUCGGUGAACAGUUUGCCGGCACAAGAGUUCGAGAAAAAGUACGCCCAUCUCGUGGCGAGAUUUCCCAACACCUACGCCCUGAGCAAGCGAUUGACCGAGAUCAUGAUGGAGCGCGAGCGGGCCCACGUGCCGUUAGCCAUCAUCCGGCCCAGCAUCAUUCUGAGCACGUGGAAAGAGCCGUUCCCCGGCUGGGUCGACAAUGUCAACAGCGGCAUUUUGGGCUUCGUGGCGGGGGUCGGCAAGGGUAUAUUCAUCACUAAUCGAGCACGAGCCGAGAAAGCCAUGGACGCCAUCCCGGUGGACAUGGUCGUGUCGACGAUCCUCGCGGCGGCGGCCAAGGCCCAGCUCGAGCCGACGACGCUGCACGUGUUCCACUGCACGUCGAGUGAGGGCAAUCGCACGAAUUACGGCGAGUUCACGCGGGCCGUGGUGGAGGCCGCGCGACAGGAGCCCUGCCACGGGGCCUGCCUCUGGUAUCCGAACGUGAGGUUCCGCGUCAACAAGUGGCGCAACUACUUCGUCAUCUUCGUUUAUCAAGUCAUCCCGGCCUACGUGAUGAACUUCUUCUCGCCGAAUUCCUACGGCGGUAGCGUGCUCGUCGACGUUCAGCGAAAGUAUAUGAAAGGCACCAAGUACACGUCGUACUUCUCGGUGCGCGAGUGGUUCUUCGACAAUCGAAAGACCAAGGAGCUCGGCGAAUCCCUGCCGGUGCACGAGCUCAUGGCCCAUCCCAUGGACUCGUCCGUGGUCGACUGGCCGGAGUACUUCAGGAAUUGCAUUCGAGGCGCCAGGAAGCACAUACACGGCGAGAGGCCCAGCGAGAAGAACGACAGAUACGCCAAAAGACAGAUGCAACUAUUAUGCUUCCUCCAUCACAUGGCGCCGUUCGUGUUCAUGGCAGUGGUGUUCCUCGGACUCACCGGGAUCGUGGGUACGAGCGUCAGCUGGGCUAUAAUCAUCGCUUCCAUUGUCACGACGAUCGAGGUUUGGAUUUAAGCGCUCGGCUCCGAAAAAAACAAGGAUCCACUGUGAAGUCGCUAUUAUCUACUUAUGAAAAAAAAAGUUAUAUUUAUAUACUCGAUGCGUUGAGCAAUCGACCGCAAAUCUUGCGCAAUUCGCUGCUCAAGCACGAGCUGUAUUUACAAUCGCAUUCAAUAGGCUGAAACUGGCUUCGUUUAUUAUAAGCAUCUCUCUCUCUCUCUCUCUACACAUAUCUCUUCUCGAGAUUUUCGAUUUCACGCCGAUGAGACAAAAAAUAAAUAUCAUCGACCAGAUAAUACUUUAUAUUUCACUUUAUCCUGCGCAUGCCGUGUAUUGCGACGAAUUUUGAUAUUUUAGCAUACAAAAAUCGCCCAUAAUCGACGAGUGGAAAAAUUAUCAUCGUUGCUCGAUGAGAAGGAUGAUGAUUUUUGUCGACUAGGGAAAGGCCUCUCUCGAUCGCGAAAUUGCUCAUUGCUAUCCGGAAGAUGGACAACGCUGCCAAGGUCGAUUAUAAAAUUGAAGCCUAUGCGAAAUUUUAUUUUGCUCUAUGCGCGUGUCGAUCGUCGAGCGGUACAGCAUCUGUACUUAUACGCCAGUGGAUGAAUAUUUGUUAAGUAAAAAAAGUGUUACCUUCAAUUAGCUUUAAGAUAAUUUAUGAAUGGGUUUUUUUUUAUAUUGUUACUCUCGAUGGUUUGUUUCAUACCAAAAGUUGUUAUACAUUAUUCGUACAAAUAAAAGAAUACGAA